AUGAAGCCAGUGAAUCACGGCCCUUAUGACCCUCUCUUUUCUGGACUGAUCCGUAAAAGACAUUGCACAGAUGUGGCCUGUUGUACUCUCUUCGUGGCAACAGUUGCUGCCUACAUGGUUGUGGGAAUUCUGGCUUGGCUGUUUGGAGACCCUCGCCAUGUUCUCUUCCCCAGGAACUCGACUGGAAUGUUCUGUGGUACCGGUAUGAAUGUGAACAAGCCUAGCAUGUUCUAUCUGGACAUACUGAAGUGUGUCACCACUACCAAUACGAUGGCUGCAGCACUGAAUGGUCGUCAGUGCCCUACAACACAGGUGUGCGUCACAAAGUGUCCCUCACAGUACUGGAUGUUACCAGAAGCUGCUUAUGAAGCAGGUGCCAUCCCCAUGGACUUCUUCCCGCGGCAGUACUGCGACCCCAACUUUGACCUGGCAGGGACAACACUGACAGUCCAAGACAUCCUUGAUCAGGAACUUUGCCCGUCCUUCUAUAUCCCAAGUGAACCAGCUUUGGGGAGAUGUUUACCCACUCUUGCUGCUCUAAGAAAGAUGCCCUCCAACUUCACUUUGCCUGGAAAGGCCAAUGUCAACGAAACUGUUACCAGUAUUACCACAGCCAUACGCUCCCUAAUAACAGGCUAUAAUACCAAAGCCGUGGGAGUUAGGAUAUUUGAAGACUUUGCUUCGUCCUGGUACUGGAUAUUACUUGGUAUGAUAGUAGCCAUGGUCGUCAGCCUGGUCUUCCUGUUGCUGCUGAGGUAUCUGGCCUUUGUCCUGGUCUGGGUGCUUAUCCUGGGAGUGCUAGCCAUGGGAGGCUAUGGUAUAUUUCGCUGCUACAUAGAAUAUGCCUAUUUCAGCAAGUCAAAAAUGACUAUUGGUGACCUCAGGUUCAAGGAAAAAAUGUCUGUCUACUUUCAAGUUAAAGAGACCUGGCUGGCCAUCUUGAUCGUCUUGUGUGUGGUGGAGUUCAUUCUCCUUGUGGUCCUCAGCUGCAUCAGGAGGAGCGUGGUCACAGCUGUGUCUCUCAUCGAAGAGUCCAGCAGGGCCGUGGGUUGCAUGAUGUCCACCCUUGUAUACCCUCUGUUUACCUUUGUGCUGGUGGUGGUGUGUGUCUCCUACUGGGGGAUAACCGCUCUGUACCUGGCAACCUCCGGAAUCCCUGUAUACAGAGUGGUGUCUCUGAAUAACACCAUCAUGCCGGGAUGCAAUCUUAUCAAUGGAACACAAAACUGCCGCCCACAGACGUUCGACUCCUCAAUAUACCCAGACUGCCCCGCGGCGCGAUGCCUCUUCUACAAGUACGACGAGGAAGGCUUUUUCCAGAGGAACUUGGUCAGCCUCCAGCUCUUCAACGUCUUUGCCUUCCUGUGGUGUGUCAACUUUGUCAUUGCCUUGGGACAGAGCACCCUGGCUGGGGUGUUUUCAUCCUACUACUGGGCCUUUACCAAACCCACCGACAUCCCUGCCUUCUCCCUGAGCCAUGCUUUCAUCCGCACGCUACGGUAUCACGUUGGCUCUCUGGCGAUCGGCUCCCUAACGCUCCUAUUCUUCCAGCUCCCCAGGAUUCUGAUGGAAUACCUGGACCGCAAGUGCCGUGAUUCCAAAGGCUCGUGCGCUCGGUUCCUGGUGACCUGCUUCCGGCCCUGCUCCAUUUGUUUGGAGGGCUUCCUCAAAUUUGUCAGCAGGAACGCCUUCAUCGCGAUGGCUAUGUAUGGCGAGAACUUCGCUGUGUCAGCACAUAGUGCCUAUGCACUACUGUUGAGGAACAUUAGCCGGGUGGUAGUACUGGACGGUGUGGCCGACAUGCUCUUGUUCUUUUGCAAACUCAUAGUGGUCGCAGCAGUUGGUGUGCCGGCAUUCUUCUUCUUCUCGGGUGGAAUCAACAUGCCCGAGGACGCCUUCCAAGCCAACAUGCUCAACUACUACUGGGUCCCCAGCAUCACGGUGAUAGUGGCAGCCUACCUCAUCGCUCAGGGCUUCUUCAGUGUCUACAGCAUGUGCAUCGACACCCUCUACAUGUGCUUCAUGGAGGACCUGGAGAGGAAUGACGGCAGUGUGCAGAAGCCAUACGUUAUGUCUCGAAACCUGAUGAGAAUCCUGCGCAGAACACGCCCAGGGCAGUCCAUCCAGAGGACCAACUAACUUCUCUCCUUCGCUCCUGUCUGCCCCCUCCCCUCAAUCCUCCCUUUUCCCCUUAAACUCUUCAACCCACCUCACAUCUUUUCAAUUUCUCUUUUAUUAAACACCAUUAGC